GGGGCAGCGGAGAGCCGGAAGAGCCGUUUGUUUUGGGAGAAGGAAGUGGAGAGAAAAAUAAGAGACAGGAAGAGACACACACAGGGUGUGCACAGCUCCGGACCUCCAAUAUUAGACUCCCACAAAGUUCCACAGCCUCUGGCCGGACUUCUCUGCUUCCACACACAGACAUGACACACUGAACAAGUGACUUGCCCGAGCCAGCACCAUGUCUCUACUCCUCACACUUCUCCUGUACGGACAUCUGGUAUUUGCAAUUGGAGGUUCAGCUUACGAAUCAUCCUCCUGCUACCCAGGUUUUUUUCAGUGCAACUCUAGAUGUCUUCCACUAUAUACUCUCUGCGAUGGUUCCUUUGACUGUGAGGAUCAAUCUGAUGAGUUGGCAUGCUCCUCAAACUGCAACUUUACUCUAAAGGACUUCUAUGGAGUCUUCUCUCCUCUUGGAUAUCCAUUUGCUCCAUCCUCUUCAAUGCCUUUUUGUCGUUGGUUGAUUGAUUCUGAAGAUAGCCGAGGUCUUGUCCUGCAGUUCUCUACCCUAGAUCUGUCUGAGCAAGAUGCUCUUGUAGUCUAUGAGAAUAGUGUUGGAGAAUUUCCACACCUUCUCCGUGCCUUAGAUCAACACAGUAAUGGAAAAUCUGUCACAGUGGAGUCUUCUGGUGGAAGAGUAUUGGUUGUUUAUCGGUACCACUCAAGCUCCACUCGUAUCCCCAAUAUUGGGUCUCCUGUAACUUAUGACAGCAGAUUUCGGCUUCCCAGCUCUUUGGUUCAUGAGCCAGGUUCACGUUUCUUCGACCAGAUGGGUUCACCUCCCUCUCGUUCUCGCUUUCCUGGCUAUGGUGGUCGCAACUCUUUUCUUCCUCGUUUUAAUGCCACUUACCGUGUACAUGGCUACUGCCUCCCUUGGGACCAGCCUUGUGGUUCCAGUCCAGGUCUUUUGUGGGAGGAUGGCAUGGAAGUAGGAGGAGGAUGUUUUUCAGAUUCACAGCGUUGUGAUGGAGUUUGGGACUGCGCCAAUGGCAGAGAUGAAGCUAAUUGUUCUGGAUGUGCAGAAGGUCACUAUCCCUGUGCCAUUAGCCGAGCUUGUUAUCCCCUCGCUGAAAGGUGUAACUACCAGACAUCUUGCCAAGAUGGAACAGAUGAAAGAGGCUGCCGUGGAUGUCAGCCUGGAGGCUUCCAUUGUGACAUAGAGCGCUGUGUUUAUGAAGCUUGGGUGUGUGAUGGUCAAGCCGACUGUCGAGAUGGAAGUGAUGAGAAAAACUGUGGGUACACGCUCCCAAGGAAAGUGAUUGCUGCAGCCGUGAUUGGAAGCUUGAUAUGUGCUACAUUACUAGUUGUAGCUCUUGGAUGUACUUGCCGACUGUAUACUUCACGAGCUCGGGAAUAUAGCAUCUUCGCUCCUCUGUCUCGGAUUGAUGCAGAAUUGAUCCAGCAGCAAGCUCCUCCAUCCUAUGGGCAAUUAAUUGCUCAAGGAGCUAUUCCUCCUGUAGAUGACUUCCCAACUGAGAGUCCAAGUGAUGGUACAUUCAUGGGAAAUCUCCGAAGCCUACUGCAGUUUUUACAUCAGACUCAGCCACACCCUGCUGGAGGCCUAAACGAGCUGCCAACACGACGACGUCCACCACGUCCUGUCAGGCGCCUCCUCCGUCGCCUCAGGCGUUGGGGACUCCUUCCUCCUCGUACCCAAGGGACACAGACCGAGACCCAUCAAAAUCAAAGUACAGGCUCAUCGCAUCUAGUGUCAGAGGGCAGUGAUCCACCUUCAGCUCCACUGCUUCCAGUCAAGACCCCUUUAGACACUCCUGAUUUUUCUGUUUCCCAGACUGAUUCUGCCAUUUCUCCUUUACCAAAUGAUCCCACUGAGGAUAGGAGUGGACUGAUGAUGGGAAUGGUGCAGGUGGUCAGGGAAAGAAUUUUGCUCCCAUUUAGUGGAGCGGAACAAUUGGGUGCAGAAAGAGCUGAUUGUGGUGUGGAGAUAGACAGGCCUGAAGAAGAGGAUGAAAUGCUGUUGCUACCACUGGCAGAAAGCUUAGACAGCGAGUCAGAAGAUGUAAGCUUGAUUUCAUGUUAACACUGCUUUUUGUUCUAUCCUCUAUAUACACCUUUGCACAAAGUGGAGGGCUUUUUAAUUCUGCCCACGCUAAUAAUACACUCCUAACUACAGUGCUCGGUGGAUCUCGCCCCAACUUCUUAUCCCCACCUCUCCUUGCAACAUGUGAUUCAUGACAGCCACACAGAUGGAGAGGGAAAAAACAGCACAGAAAACGGUCAAAAAUAAUUAAAGGGAUGUCUUCUUGAUCUGGAUAUUGUUCCCAGGUGGUGGAUGUAUCUCUGCAUCAAAGACUGAGCAGAUGACCAAUAUAUUGUUUUACUGUCUGUGUCUCAUAGACUUUGGCAAUGAUGAAAAAAUUUAAGCAUAGGUGUUCUGUGGAUCUAAGGGGCCUGCUUCAAUAUAAUUUCUCCCAGAUGAGACACAGAACUAUGCCCCACCUUCAGCUGUUUACUGGGUUUAGAGUGUUUGUGUACACCUCUAGAUUGUGUACAUAGGGCUCAGUUUAGUCGGUGUGGGGGCCAAGGUCUUAUACCAUCUGAUUUGAAAGAGUCAGAUACAAGUAGGGAGCAAAGAGUGUGGUGCACUGCAAAUGGUGUGGUGGCAUAGGUAAAGCAAAUGAUGAAGUGAACAAAAGGUAGACGACUAGACGAUGAUGCCUUCCAGUAUCUUCAAAAACAAAGAUCGUCACAAGCACAUCGAAAGCUCAAAUAAGAGCCGUUUAUUAGUCACAACAGAAAAAAUAACAGCUAGAUUUCGGAAAAUAUAGCAGCCCCUUCAUCAAGCAAGUCGUGACACCAGUACCGCAAUUCAGUCAUAUCUAAAAUAUUUAUUGCAAUAGGACCAAUGGAAGAGAGUCAUAAAUGCCCCUCCCCUGCUCAUGUGUAUUAUAAAGCCUUAUUUUAAUGUUUUUAGAUUUUAAUUUUUUUAGCUCUCCGUGUCCUCCGUUGGUAUUUUUGACCAUGCCUCAUGUUUUUAUCUGUUGCCUGCUUAUAUUGCUUAUGCUCUAUCGCCGCUCCUUUUGACUGCACACUUUUUUUAUUUUUUUAUUAUUGUCUGGUUGCUUAGAUAUGAGGUUCUGCCCAAGGUGCUGACUUCACUUCUGGCAGAAGUAGGAGCGGCCAGGAUGGUGGGAUGGCAAUUACUAUGGAGAGCCUUUUAAACUUCCUACUGUUCUAGGAAUCGCAUGGUUUGUAUGUACAUUCUCAAUGGCGAUUUGCGGCAUGAUGUACUGGGACAGGACACCGGAGCACAGACCUACUUUAGCAUAUUGGUGAUCAUAUGUUUUAAGUUUUAUUUUAUUUUUUUACUUUCUCAUUGGUCCUCUUGUGACUAAAUAAAUAAUGCUAAACUGAGCUUGCGAUGUGCUGGUGAUCCUCGAUACAGGUAGGGCCCACAUGUCCUCACACCUUUUUUAAAAGAGAUUUAACUGUGCUAACUAAUAAACAGAGCAGAGCUCUGCAAUAUCCAGCGGCGGUGCAAAGCGGAGUGUGACUGAAUGCCUGAGAGGGCAUAAAGCCUUUGGUGUAAAAA